GAGAAGAAAUAAUCCUCUUGCAUUCUGUUUGUGCUACUCCAAGGCAAAAAUGUCUACAGUGUCAAAGGCUCGGAGGCUGGAAGGUGCGGACAAGAACAUCUGGGUGGAGUUUGUGAAACUGGCCGCCACAUACAAGACUGUGAACCUCGGCCAAGGCUUCCCUAACUUCCCCCCACCAGAGUUUGUAAGGGAAGCGUUCGUGCAGGCGCUCAGCGAAGAUACCUUGAUACACCAGUAUACGCGUGCUUUUGGACACCCAGCUCUGGUGACCAUCCUGGCCAAAUUCUUUGGGAAGUUACUUGGACGAGAACUUGACCCUCUGAAUAAUGUGCUGGUGACCGUGGGUGCUUACGAAGCUCUCUUCUGCUGCUUCCAGGCUCUGGUGGACGAUGGAGAUGAGGUGAUUUUAAUUGAGCCAUACUUCGACUGCUAUGAGCCGAUGGUGAAAAUGGCCGGUGGGACUCUGGUGUUCAUUCCACUGAAGCCAAAAGCACCGGAAGAUGGGAAACUGAUGUCCAGUGGAGAUUGGCAGUUGGAUCCAGAAGAGCUGGCAGCCAAAUUCACAAGUCGAACCAAAGCCAUUGUCUUGAACUCUCCAAACAAUCCACUGGGAAAGGUUUUCAGCAAGAAAGAGUUGGAGCUCAUUGCUGGACUGUGUGUGAAACACAACGUCUUGUGCUUCAGCGACGAGGUGUAUGAGUGGCUGGUCUACGACGGAAACAAGCACGUCCGGAUUGCCAGUUUACCAGGAAUGUGGGAGCGUACUGUGACCAUUGGGAGUGCUGGCAAAACCUUUAGCGCAACAGGUUGGAAGGUUGGCUGGACCCUUGGGCCGGAUGAGCUUUUGACACACUUAAGGACAGUCCAUCAAAAUUCGGUGUAUCACUGCGCAACAGCUGCACAGGAAGCCGUGGCUCGUGCUUUGCGAAUGGAGUUUGAGCGCAUGGAGAAGCCAGAAAGCUAUUUUGUCCAAUUGCCAAAAGAGCUGCAGCAGAAGCGGGACCGACUAGUUGAAUGUCUGUCUGCUGUGGGGAUGAAGCCUGUGGUUCCCGAAGGCACUUACUUCAUGAUGGUGGAUCUCCAGGAUUUCAAAGCUCCUGUGCCUGGCCUUCAGGACUCCGAGGAACCCUAUGACUUUCGCUUUGUAAAGUGGAUGAUCAAGAACAAGGGUCUAGCAGCCAUCCCAGUCUCUGCCUUCUACAGCACUCCACAGAAGAAGAACUUUGACCAUUACAUCCGUUUCUGCUUUGCAAAGGAGAAUGCCACUCUAGAUGCUGCAGCCAACAUCUUGCAACAGUGGAGUCAGAUGAAGCCUGGUCAAGGCGAGCGAGGCGGAAGUGGCGAGCGGCCGGUUGGCGGGAAUAUGGCGGAGAGGAGCGGCGAGAAGCGCUUGCGGGAGGGUGAAGAGAGAAAGAUUGACUGGCGCAAAUGGAAGCAAGAAAAAAAGGAGGAGAAGAAAAAGUGGAAGGAGAUAAAGCUGUUGAGAAAACUAGAAAAGCAGAGAAUGCAGGAGCUGAAGGAGAAACAGAAAGAAGAGGCGAAGCCUGAGGAAGAUAAAGGGCGUCACUACACGGUCAGCGUCGCCCUUCCGGGCUCCAUUCUCGACAAUGCCCAGUCACCAGAGCUGCGGACAUACCUCGCCGGUCAGAUUGCCCGGGCUUGCACCAUCUUCUGCGUGGACGAGAUUGUGGUGUUUGAUGAGCAAGGAGAAGAUUCCAAGACUGUAGAAGGAGAAUUUGAGGGGAUCAAGAAGAGAGGGCAAGCCUGCGUGCAGCUGGCCCGGAUUUUGCAGUACCUGGAGUGUCCCCAAUACCUAAGGAAAUCUUUUUUCCCCAAACACCAAGAUCUGCAAUUUGCAGGGCUCCUGAACCCCUUAGACAGUCCCCACCACGUUCGGAUAGAUGAGGAAUCGGAAUACCGCGAAGGGGUGGUUUUGGCGCGGCCUACCAAGCCAGGCCGAGGGUCCUUUGUCAACUGCGGGAUGCGGAAGGAAGUGCAGAUAGACAAGCAACUGGAGGCUGGCCUUCGGGUCACCGUGCAGCUAGAGAAGCAGCAAAAUCCUGACAGCAGAACACAGAAGGGCACAGUGGUGUCGUCGCACCAACCCCGGACCGUUUCGGGCCUUUACUGGGGCUACAGUGUUCGCUUAGCUUCCUGCCUGAGUGCCGUGUUCGCAGAAUGCCCUUUCAAAGAAGGCUAUGAUCUCUCCAUCGGGACGUCUGAGCGGGGGACCACAGUGGACCAGGCCCCUCUCCCUCCUUUCAGCCAUGCUCUGAUAGUUUUUGGUGGCUUGCAAGGCCUAGAAGCUGGUGUGGAUGCUGACCCGAACUUGGAGAUCUCAGAUCCGAGCACUGUGUUUGACCUUUAUUUGAACACCUGUCCAGGGCAAGGAAGCCGCACCAUCAGGACCGAGGAAGCGAUACUCAUCUCUCUAUCGGUGCUGAGACCCCGGAUUGACGAAACAGCAAAGAAAAGCAGGGGCAAAUGAAUGAAGGGUCCCGACCA